AUGAGCACCUUGGAUGACGCUCACAUCUCCGUCCGCUUCAAGCAUGGCAUCCACACAAUCUACCUUUUUGUAGACGCAGAAGCGCCCAUGUCUGAAGUCUCAAAGGAACUGGUUGAGCUAUUGAGAGAGCGAUAUCCAGAAGGACUCAAAAAGUCACUACAUCCAGCCGGGACUACCGAGAUGCCUUCAGAACCUGUCAUUGCGUAUGGCGUACUCAACAUUCCCAACGACCCUUCAAAGGGAUGGAAGAAGAUCAAGAUCGGAGAAGACGGCAUCAACACACCUACGAAAUGCGGUAUUAAGAACAACAGCAUAAUUGCAUUUAUGUUCGUCACAGAUCCUGACGAGGAGGUUACAUUUGAGGUAGAAUGGCCAAUGGAAGAAGACGAAGCCUACGACCAGGGGACCUAA